CAAUUGAUCUAAUAAAAUAAGAGUAUUAUUUUGACAAAUACCUUUCUAAUUUAGGUAGAAUAUCCUAUUUAGUCCUUCUAAUAUAGUCAAUCUGCCUUUUUGGUUCCUCUAAUAUGAUUUGUCCCUAGAAGGUCCUUAUAUUUUUAAUUUUUGCGAAUGGUGAUUCAACCCAGGGCAUGGAAGCCUCUGUGAGUAUUACCUCCACUCCAAAGAAACCUCCUAGCAAGGUUGGAGAUCAAAUCAAGGAUUGCAUCCGGGAUAGCUAAGCAGGACAAAAGAUAGUUAGGGAUUGCCAUUUAGGCACUAUUGAUGAGGGUGGUACGACCAGCAAUGGAAAGGGCAUUCAAGUCCUAGGCUUGGAUACAAGAUUGAGUACGCAAAACCAAUUGCUGGUGAUGGCUAAUAUUCAGCUUUUUAGGAGAAAUCAAGCAACUGAGGUAUUUAAAAUGGUAAGAACCUACUCUAAUACCUAAAAUAUUAGAGAUAGACUUACACAUCCUCCUAUUAAACCAACUAGGAAAAUGAAUAGUUGACCUGUUAACUUUCGGAAGUUGGCCAAUAAGAUUUCUAUAGAUAGAAAUGCCAAGUUUACAAGCUCGAGCAACUUUACAGGACACCCUAGUUAUCAGAAUGAGAUCGUCAGCAAACAUAAGGUAGUUGAAGUUUUUAUAAAGUCUGACAUCAAAACCAGGAAUCCAAUUUUGGGCAAGGGCAAAAUUGAGAACUGUAGAUAAGUUUUGAGCCACAAUCAAAAAUAGAUAAGGGGAGGUGGGGUCUCGUUGACGGAGACCUCUACUACCAGAAAUCCAAUCAGAUGGUUUGCCAUUAAUCAAAAAGGAGAAGCUGGGACUGGAAAUAUAGGCCAUAAUCCUAUCAAUCCAAACUUGCGGAAAUUGCAUGAUAUGGAGGGUGGCAAGGACAGCCUUCCAUUUAAUCAUAUCAUAAGCCUUAGCUAUAUCGAUUUUAAUGAGCAUCCUAAGGGAAUCUUUGGUAUCAAAUUUCCAUCAAGUGAACAAUCUCCUGUGUGGCAAUGAUACUAUCAAAAGUGGAUCUCCCAGAAAUAAAGACAUUCUGCUCACAACCAAUAAGUUUAUGCACAACUUGCUUGAGACGAUUAGCAAGUAGCUUUGAAAGAAUUUUAUAAGCCACAAUUGCAAAGAGAAAUAGGGCGAAAAUUCUCUACUUGCUUGGAUUAUCCUUCUUCGAAAUGAGAGCAAUGUAGGUUUUCCCCAAGAAUUAGGCAGCUUAGCUUUUUUUUUUAAAAAAAAAAAAUAGGAAAUAGCUUGAAAAAGGAGUUCCUAAAUAAGAUCCCAAUAUAUAGUACAAGUAAAAAAAUUCACAUUUAAACCAUCCAGGACUUUUUCUUUUGGGCAUACUCCAGAUUGUAGCUAGCAGCUCAGCAUAAGUAAGAGGUCUAACAAGAUCGCCUCUAUCACCCUCAGACAAAGUAGGAUGAUCUUUUGGAAGGGCUGUAAUCAAGUCAUUUGCGAAAAAGAUACUGUUGGAAGUCCAAAGGGUUCUAUGGCAAGGACACCCAUGUUGAUGGAAUAAUAAUUAACCCACCUAACUCUGUGGGGUAAUAAUUAUUCUCACAUGCACAACCGAUUAUUAUCGCAUGCACGCUCAAAUAUAGGUGUGCAUUGGAGCAAGCAAUGGAUUAUUAUCGCAUGCACGCUCAAAUAUAGGUGUGCAUUGGAGCAAGCAAUGGAUUAUUCCUCUAGAGGGAACCAUUGAUGCCAUUCUCCACCGCCAUGGCUUCUUGUCUUCGUCUCCAGCCACUGUGUGAGCUGCUACUGCUCCUAUGGCCACUGUUCAUCUCUGCUUCCAUUGUUACUCAUCUUCCUGGUUUUCAUGGUCCACUUCCCUUCCACCUUGACACUGGAUAUGUUGGUGUGGAUGAAGUGCAACUCUUUUAUUACUUCAUAGAGUCUGAGGGAAAUCCAGUUGAGGACCCUCUUAUUCUUUGGCUUACUGGUGGCCCUGGUUGCUCUUCUUUCUGUGGCCUCUUCUUUGAAGUUGGUCCUCUGAAGUUCAGGAGGGUGAAGUAUAAUGGUAGCUUGCCAACACUUAAGUAUCAUCCUUCCUCUUGGACUAAGAUCUCAAAUAUGAUCUUCUUAGAUUCUCCUGUUGGAUCUGGAUUCUCAUUCUCAAAUAAUCCAGAGACAUACGUUGAUGGUGAUGUCACUUCAUCCUUGAGAGUUCACAAGUUUCUGAGAAAGUGGCUGAUUGACCACCCACAGUUCCUCCCCAAUCCUCUGUAUAUUGCUGGAGAUUCAUAUGCUGGCAAAGUUGUUCCAAUCAUCACUGACUUAAUAUCACAAGGUAUUGAAUCUGGUGCUCCACCUCCUCUGAAUCUAAAGGGAUAUUUGAUUGGCAACCCAUUUACCGGGGAAGCAAUCGAUAUAAAUGCUCGGGUUCCAUAUGCUCAUAAUAUGGGGAUCAUUUCUGAUGAGAUUUACAAGUCCACAACUAUUUCUUGUGAAGGAGAGGAUUAUGAAAAUCCUACCAAUGCUGUGUGUGCUGAGAAGCUUCAAGUUGUGAAAAAGUAUUUUGAUGAAAUUAAUAUAAAGCACAUUUUGGAGCCAAAGUGCAUGCGAGCAUCACCAAAACCAAAGAACUUAAGCAAAGAAAGGCGAUUUCUCAACGAUGAGCACGGAAAGUUUAUCAUGCCACCAGAUGUUCCUGCUCUCAACUGCAGAUCUUAUUAUUUAGGCUACAUUUGGGCAAACAAUGAUGAUGUGAGAGAUGCUCUCCACGUCCAGAAGGGAACUGUCCAGGAAUGGAUCAGAUGUAAUCAUGAUUUGCAGUAUGCCUAUGAUAUUCCAAGCAGUGUAAAAUACCAUCACAAGCUCACAAGCCGACGCUAUCGAGCUCUUGUUUACAGUGGGGAUCAUGAUCUAGUGAUACCACAUAUAGGAACCCAGACAUGGAUAAGAUCUCUGAACUACUCCAUUGUUGAUGACUGGAGAUCUUGGUUCUCUAGCGGGCAAAUUGCAGGAUACACAAGAGCAUAUGACAACAAUCUUACAUUCGCUACUAUAAAGGGAGGUGGUCACACAAUUCAAGAGGAAAACCUGAGGGAGAGUCUGACCAUGAUUAAGAGAUGGCUUUCAUCUAAACCCUUGUAGAUUUAUGACACACCCUCUGAUCUAAUAUGAUCCACAAGUUAUCUUUGUUAAUGGUUUCUCUGUACCAUGCAUGGACAUGAGCUUAUAAAUGUUAUGUAUCUGCAAAUACAGGUAAAUCAUUGCUGAAUUGUUCAAUGGAAGAAAUAAUUUAUUA